AGCAGGACUGAGACAGUUGGGAAGCGCCCAACACCUACACCUGUGGGGAUGGCUGGGGUUUCCAAGGUCCCCUCGGAGACACUGCCCUCCCCUCACCCCAUGGGACCUGCUCUGCACUUCCCCGCCUCCGGGACAACUGGGAUUCUCCGAUGCUCCCUCGGGUUCUAACUACCACCUCCUCAGCCUGUGUCACUGUGUCCAGAGUGAGACACGGUGAAGGGUCAGCGGCCUUGAGAUGAGAUGAUACCGCCCAGCCGCACAGAGACCACGUGGAAUCACACACUGUAAAACAAUGCCAAGAGCAAAGGAAAGAAAACAGAAACCCAAAGGGGCUCCCGAACCGGUGAUUCCCAUUCUUCAGAAGUUCUUGAGGACAUACCAGAAGCAUUGCACACAGACUCGGACCUCCAUGUGUCCCGCCAUCCGAAGGGACCUGAAGAGCAGCAUGGACACAGAGAAGGUCCUCAGGAAGUUUAUGCUUGUAAGAGCCGGCGACUUCGAGACGAGCAGACGACUUGUCUCCCUGGAGCCUUUGCUAAUGACCAUCCGCGAGGAAAACUACACGCUGGGCAGGGAGCUGUGCAUCUGGGGCCUCCAGCUGACCAACCAGGAGAUCGCCAGACUUGCUUUGUUUCUGGAGCAGAAGGUGUACACAGCCUGCCCACUCACCACCUUGGAAAUCCUGGACUGCAAGAUGGAUCUGUGGUCCCUGAGGCGGCUCGGGCAGGCGCUGAAGUUCAGCAGCUUGCAUUUCCUGGUCCUCGAUUACUGCAAGUUUGGACAUGAAGAACUUGAGAAUAUCUUCUCAGGCCUGGAGAGCAACCAAAGGCUCCGAGUCCUCAGUCUGCGCUACUGUGGGCUGGGGCCCCAGAGUGGGCCAAGGCUGGGCUCUGUCAUCAGCCGGAGCGCCAUUUGCGAUCUGCGCCUGGAUGGAAAUUAUUUGCAGUGUUCUGGAGCUCUGGCUCUCCUUAGACCCAUAGCAGACUAUGCAGAGAUACAGCAAAAGAACCAGCCUGCCUUACCAUCAUCACACGCUGGAAGUGCCCCUCAGCUUCCCCAAGUGCGCAGGGGAGGAAACUCAAGUCUGAGCCAGAUUGUGAAAUCUUUCGAAGCUUUAACAGUGAAAAAGACCUCACAGAAGAAAAGGAGGAAAGGAGGAAUCAGGAAAACAGUUAAAACCUUGAUGGAAGCCGGCCCUUGGGUAGUGGCGCUGCAUCUGGCAGAUAACUGCAUAGACGGGACGGGAAAGGAUGGAGAGCGACUGCUGGAACUCACUCGAGCUUUAACAUGCCUGAUCCAAUAUUCUACUCACUUAAGGGAAAUUGACCUUGGAAACAAUGUCCUGGGAGAAAUGGCUACAGUUGACAUCCUGGAAGCACUGAGAGCCAGAAAGACAGGUAAACUACCAUCCUUAAAAAUCACGGUCACUGCCCGUAUCUCUUCGGAAACCUUCAGAGCUAUUUGGAAACUUGGCAAGAAAUCCAAGACCGGUAAAAAGAAGAAAAAGGUAAAAAUCUGAAUACAGAUGCCAUUUUUCCAAAUGGAUGUCACCUGUUUCCAUGUCCAGACUGACAUAGCUACAAAGAUACUGCUUGUUGAACACAAAUAUUUUUCAUUGCCGUCACUCCUGUUUGGGUUCUAAAAUUCAUUAAGACCACUUAGGAGUACCUCUCCCGUCACACAAAUCAGUCUCUUAGCUGUGGGUUUUCAUUCUGCCCCUGCUGCCACUAAGACACCAGGAGAAGGCCAAGGCUUCACUAGCAGCAUCACGACUGAGAAAGGCAUUACUUCUGGAGACCCACCUAUCAGCGCUGGCCUACCAUGGGGAAGACUCCUUGCCCAUCUUUCUAAGGAGCAUCUAACUGUAACAAGCCAGUGCAUGUCAUGACAGUGAAGAUGCCUCGUGCUGGGUACCAACUUGAUUGAAGGUUGAAGACAAGAAGCACAGAAGGAAAGGACACUGACAAAAUUGAUGAAUGGGAAAAUUCAAAAAGUAAUUGGUUUUGAUAACAAAGUGGGGCUUAGGACUGUUGAAACAGGACCUAAAAUCAUAAACCCUAAGUAAUUAAAGUCAAACCCAGUGUGGUGGUACAGACCUGUAAUCCCAGAGGCUGGGAGUAAAUUUAAAGACAAUCCAGCUAUAUAGGGAGUUCAAGGCCAUCCUGGGCUACAUGAGACCAUGUCUCAAAUACAAAAAGAAAGGAAGAGAGGGA